UUUCAAUGGGAAAACAAAAAAGAGAGUUCUAAUUUUAAUUCUGAGUGGUUUUUUGUCGCACGUUGGAAAACAGAGGAGCUUGCCAAGUGGGUUUUUUGCUCUCAAGCUUUGAACUCAAACUGGGUUUUCUCCAGAAUCUGAUAUGAAGAUCAUAGCUUUUUCUGCAAAGGACCUUAGACCACCAUUUCUUGGCCUUUAGAGCUUUGAUUCAGUACAAAAAGAUACCGGAGCGUCAACAAUAAAAUUCAGCUCCACCGUUGGAUCAAUCACUUUAGUUUCUGAUGUCAAACUUUGAGAGAUCAUCAGCAUCAUCAUCAUCAACAUCAGUGUGUGAGAUAGAUCCCUUGCUGAAGGAUUUGAAUGAGAAGAAGCAGAGUUUUCGGCGAAACGUGGUGUCGUUAGCGGCCGAGCUGAAGGAGGUUCGGAGCCGCUUGGCAUCUCAGGAGCAGUCUUUUGCUAAAGAAACCCUAACAAGACAGGAGGCAGAAACAAAGGCUAAAACAAUGGAAGAUGAGAUGGGAAGAUUGCAGAAAAGAUUGGAAGAGAGAAAUGAGCAGCUUCAGGCCUCAACAUCUACAACUGCGAAGUCUCUGAAGGAGUUGGACGCUGUCAGAUUGCAGCUUGCAUCCACUCAAGCAACUGCAGAUGCUAGUGCUGCCUCGGCUCAAUCAGCACAACUUCAGUGUUUGGCGCUUCUGAAGGAGUUAGAUGAGAAGAACUUCUCAUUAAAAGAGCACGAGGAACGUGUAACCAGGCUAGGAGAGCAGCUAGAUAAUCUGCAAAAGGACCUUCAGGCCCGGGAAUCUUCCCAAAAGCAGCUGAAAGACGAAGUUAUGAGAAUCGAACACGACAUAAUGCAGGCUAUUUCCAAAACCGCGGCAAACAAGGAUUGUGAACUGAGGAAGAUACUAGAUGAGGUCUCUCCGAAGAACAUCGAGAAGAUGAACAGGCUUUUAGUUGUUAAGGACGAAGAAAUAGGGAAAUUGCGAGAUGAAAUCAGGGUUAUGUCUGCUCACUGGAAGAUGAAAACCAAAGAAUUGGAAUCUCAGUUAGAGAAGCAGCGGCGAGCAGAUCAGGAACUGAAAAAGAGGGUGUUGAAGUUGGAAUUCUGUCUUCAGGAAGCUCGAUCGCAAACUCGUAAACUCCAAAGGAUGGGAGAACGAAGGGACAAAGCUUUGAAAGAACUGAGAGAACAGUUGGCAGCAAAACAACAAGGUGAAACUGUGAGUAGUGUGAAACAGAAUUUCUGGGAAACUUCUGGUUUCAAAAUCGUGGUUUCCAUGUCAAUGUUGGUAUUGGUGGUGUUCUCCAAGCGAUAAAUCCCGAACUUAACUAGCGUAUUUGUGUAUAAAACCGGCUUAAAUCUGUAGGUGUUUAGGAGUAUAGGAGUAGUUUAAGAAAGGGUUUUUUUUUUUUUUUUUUUUCCCUUGCUUGAAGUUUAAGAAGGUCAUUUUGCUUGUAGACAAUUCACAUUGUAGAGUUUUUAGUUCUUCAUAUCUUGUGUAGAAUUAGACAACAGUAUUUAUUUUCUUAAA